AUGAAGCAAGCAUUGCUAGAUGUAAUUGAUGUUUUUCCAACUGACCACAGCUCGACCAUUGUCAGAAUGAAUAGAAUUUGUGUAUCGAUACGCCAGUUACAACAAAGCAACAGCAGAAAUCAUUUAGAACCAUCGAUGGAUUUUCAGCAGCAACUAACAAUGCCGCUGAUCAGAUCAACAUUAAAAAGCCCUCCCAUAUUGAAUUUCGGUAUCGAAAGAAUCACACCACAUGAAAACAAGCAGCAUCAGAAAUUUAUGCAAAAAGGCGAACAGCAGAAUGAGAAUUAUGACGAUCGAGACCAAGUUACGGGCAAGUUUUGUUGUGAUUUAUUGAGAAUUAAUUGGAGAUUUGCUUUUAGAUCACAAUUAAUAAUUGUCGGCCAUAAAAUAGCAAGAUUUGUGCAGCAAUGUCAUAAAUAA